UGUGUGUGUGUGUGUGUGUGUGUGUGUGUUACUGAGAAGAAACAUGAGACGGAUGGAGGAGGAAGCCCCAGUACCUGAUGCCCCAGACUUUCAUGCCCCAGAAGCCCCCGCAGAGGCCCCUGACAUAGAGGCCCCAGCAGAUCCCCCUGUAGAGAGUGGUGUGUCGGCCAGAGGAUUUCCACCAUCCAGAGACAGCCGUAAACUGGACUGUAUCAUCUGCUUCUGUGCCUUCAACCUGGCUGAGAGGCUGCCACGCAAGCUCUACUGCGGCCACACCUUCUGCCAGGCCUGCCUGAGACGCCUUGACACCAUCCUCAAUGAGCAGCAGAUGUGGAUCCCCUGUCCACAAUGCCGGCAGAACACUCCGCUACCUCGCGGGGGAGCUACAGCCCUGGACCUGGACCUAGCAGCCUUCCUGGGGGUCAAGGCUGACUUGGACAGCCAGAGGUCCAGCCCCCAGCAGGGAGGAAGAGAACUAGGCAACCAGCUGGAGCUAAAGCCCUCCUUUGGGAAGCAGCCCAUCAUAGAGCAGCCUCAGGCCACCUGGAACCAUGGAGGACUGGCUGAGCCUCGCUUCCACAGGAGCCCUUGCUGCAGGCGCUUCUUCUGCUGCUGGUGGUGCUGCUAGGAUGCCCAGUCAUGUAUGAAUGACAAGAGUUUUUAAAGCAUCUAGGCAGCAGUUUUCCCAUUACAGUGCCAGCUGUAAUUGAUUAUAGGAAUGCCUGGACUUCCAAGGCUAAAACAAUGGAAAAUAUAGGUUAUAACUAGGGCCUGACUGAUCUGACCAAGGAAAAAUGUACUGAAAAAAUAAACACUGCUGGGGAGAACAGUGUUCACGAGACUGACAAAGUUGUGUGGGGGACAACAUUUUUUCCCCACAUCGUGAGAGAAAGAACGUUUCAGCACUCAAAAUGGGACGGUGGAUAAAGACCUCAAUGACCUCACCUACAACCGAAAGACUCCUCUACUGCCUCCUUUCAACUAUGCAGUUGGACAUAUAGGCUAUUGGUACCUUGAUUGUUGAAAGUCCAUUAUUUUAUACACACUUCAUUAAGUAUAAUUUAUCUAGCCGCUCUAGAAUCUCCCAUUAGUGUUCAAUUGGGUUGAGAUCUGGUGACUGAUAGUCAUCAAACCAUUCAGUGACCACUCAUGCCCUGUGGAUGGGGCAUUGUCAUCCUAAAGUAAGCCGUGGUAGCUCAAAUAUAUGCCUGUCCAGCAUUUUUAUGCAUGACCCUUAAUUAAUUUACAAACCACACCUGUGUGGAAGCACCAGCCUUCAAUAUACUUCGUAUCCCUCAUUUACGUGUUUCCAUUAUUUUGUAUGUAACCAUUUUGUCAUGUGCAAGUGUAAAAGAAUGGAAGAAAUAUGGAGUUAUUGUUUUUAUUAAAAACUAGACGAAAGGAUUAAC